UGAAGGAAUUCAGAAGGGUGUUCCCUGUUUAAGCAAUAAAGGUCGUUCGAGAAACUCCUCUGAGUAAAAUGCAGAAUUUUCAGACAUCUAGAACACUUUUCUCCAGCUCACUAAUCUUCAGAUGCUUUUCUGACAAGGAGUGACAGCUACUUCACAGGUGAGGAAGAGUACAGUGGUGGGAGGAAUGCUGUCUGUGUGUGUUGUUAUGGUGUUUUUUUUUUAUUACUUCUGCUUUUUUCUUAAACCUUAACUGUCAUAGCUACAUUAUAACUAAUGUGUUUGUAUUGCAAUUCUCCAGCAACAAAAUCAAUCUGUGGGAGAAUUGAAGAAUGAAUGCCAUGCUGUCAGAGUAGUGAUUUUUAUAUACUGUAUGUGGUGGUGCAUUACAAACUCAGCCAACUCAAAAAAGAACGAUGAUCAUCCUUAUCAGACAUAACGCUUUAAAGGAAAGAUCCCGAUUUUAAAUUCAUGUUAUUCAGCAGCACGACUUAGUACGACUUAAGAAUAUGUUUUGCUUGUAAGAGACUGUAUUUGUAUUUCAAUUGGACUACAGAUGUUUUACUAUGUUCAUGAUGUUUUUGCUUCGUUCAAAAUUGAUCUUAAAAUUAAAUGAAAUGCUUCAAAGUAAUGUUUCAAAAGCUCCCUGCUUAGAUUUCUGAGAAGUUUGCACAGAAUUUGAAUCUGUUGGCACAUUGUUUGCAACUCAAUGAGAAAUGAAAUGGUUCCAACAUUUUCCAAAGAUGCUGUUAGAGAAUAAGUAAUAGAAUGGAAUGCUUUUAACUUCAGUUCCCUAAGUCAGCACAUCAUAAUCAUAUUGUGAUGGCAGAAAUCACAGCGAUAGUCCAAAUAGAUCUGUUAAUAUGUAAUCCAUCCGGAUUAUAAACUGUUCAGGAGCAGUCUAUUUAGCUGCUCAGUUUAAAAAGAACAAAGAAACAUUUUAGCAGCAACAGGUGGUUUAACUGACAAAGUAAUGGAGACUAACAAAAGAAUAACCUUCACGAGGAUGAAAUGGACUGUGUGUUUGACUGUCGUGCCGUGAGAGCUGAUGUGAUUAUGAACAAAAUGAAGCAGCUUGACUCAGUAGAACAAUAAAAGCCCAGAGUCAAACAAGAGCGCAUAAUAGAUUUAUUAGAUCCCUGAAUUGCUCUCAUCUUCUCCUUUAUAACUUGUGCAAACAUCUUGUCAGCCACUGUUCAAUCAUGUCGGACUGUCAGACAGGAUAAACAUCGUUACUGCACAAUAUUCAUUGGAUUUGCAGUGUAAACUCUGUGGGAAAUGUGCCAUAUUUGAGGGAAUGGAAAAUGAGAGAUUUACCGUACAGAUGAUUUUAUUGUGGCCCACCAAUUUAUAAACUGACUUUAACUAGGUCCAGUCAGGCAAACACACAAAAGGAGGUCAUGCACCAAAUGUAACACCAGGGUGGAGCCUCUAAAUGUUCCGGCAACUUUAUGGCAACCUGAUUAUCAACAAGGUUAACCGAGGUUAUUGACUGAAAGAGACCUUGUGUGGAGAACGUUCAGAGGUCGUUAGCUUCAAACUGAUCCCCUCAGAUAGCUCUAUCUGUAUGUACCUACCCCCAUUUAUACAUCCAUCUCUCUAUCUAUUUCCGCAUACGUAUACUCUGAGACAACAACUGAGUCCAUAGUCCAAGUUUUAUGAGUGAGGACAGGUUGAGGGUCAGCUGUAAGAUUCAUUGCAUUAAUAGUUCAGGUACAGCGACACAAUCAGCUUCUGUUUCAAACAGUGGCUCCUUCUGUUCAGCCAACCUCAGUCUCUCACACUCCCAAUCAAGCGCUUUUUCCCCUCAGUUGUCUAUGCUCAGUGUCCCAUAACAUUCACAGUGGCGUCAUUUUUAGAAGCACUGACCUAUUGACCUUUGACUGCAUCCUCCAGAGGUAAUUUAACACCAGUGACAAAUAGGACAGCAAUGUGCUGCUGUAUUUAUUAUAUGGGUUCAUUACAGUAACCUAGAGAGAUAACUUUUCUGACAUGUUUAAUUCCGUUUUCUAAUAACUUUGACUUCUGCAUAGAUGAAAGGCAUAUUUCAAUAUAUUCUUUUAAAUUUGAAAUUUUCUGUUGGUCUGUCUGGUCGAGACUCAUGAUGAAUUGCAGUAACUCAGAACACUCUAAACACUCAAUCGUUCCUGCGAAAUAGUCAGCACGUUAGCACUGUCAUGGCACCAUGUUUGCCUCCUGUACCUACAGCCUCACAGCUGCAUGUAUUUGUCAUAUUCCUGUUCUGCUAAUGCUGUGUAACGUGGCAUGAGUCACAAUUUGUUGUCAGGAACUCUUGACUGAUACCAACCGACUUCUCAUUAGACUGUCAAAACAAAACAGGCGAGAAGAGAAACACACCUCAGCCUCAGGGCAUGUUACUGUACGCACAUCAAACCACUGUUAACGUCAUGUUGUGUCUGAGUUUGUGAGUGUGCAUAUAAGUGAGCCGCUGUGCCACGUCUUGUUUUUUUGCAUGUAUUUGUAUCUGUGCAGACACAUGGCUGUGUUGGUGUAUGUUCAGGUAAAAUUUGAGAGGCAAAGAGCCACUGGAGGGGAGCUAAGGAGUAAAGGACACAAAAGCAGGGCAAAAAAAAAGAGAUGGUGUGCUUUAUGUCCAGAGGGUUUAAACAUUUGGAGUGGGAGGAGAGACAGUGACAGAGAGAGGAGGGUUCAAGUUUCAGGUUACCUGGAUUACUUCAGUUUUGUUUUGUUUCGUUAGCAGGGCUCGGUCAUUCAAAAACAGCUCUCUCUGAAUCUGCGGAGUGUCGGAACACAGGGCUACAAACAAGCCUUCUCUAAUACUUCCUUGGGGUCUCAAAGAGGGGCAAGUCAGGCACCCUUCAAGCCGGAUUUAGUUACACUGCUGUAGAAAGAAAAGGGUGUGGGGGAGAGAGAGAGAGAGGGAGAGAGAGAGAGAGAGAGAGAGAGAGUAAAACCAGGUUUUGUAGUUGAAGCCAGUGGAGCGAGAGGGUGGAUAGGGUGAGAGGAAGAGGACGAAGGACAUCCAGGGGAGAGUGAGUUACUGGGGAGUCCCACCGCCAUUGAAGGAGGGCAGUGGUUUUUACUCUGUGCUCUGUGUCAGAAAAGACAAAAAGGACAGCUACAUCAUGCAGACGAUCACCCAGGUGCCUGAGGAAAGCACUAGACCACUGAAUCCCAGCCAGGCAGUGGUUCCACGGCCAGGCCGCCACAGAAAGCCCAUGACCGCUCCAAAGACUCCGAAAGAGAAGGCGUCUAAGAUAAAGAAAGUGUUGCUUACUGUCCUGACAGUUGUGAUCUUACUGGGCAUACUGGUCACUGCAGCAUACUUCAUAAAGCAGCUGAUUGACAGCAAGUAUUUCUUCUGCAAGAGUUCCGUGAAGUUCAUCCCAUUAGACAAAGCCUGUGACGGGAAAGAUGACUGCUCUGGAGGAGAGGAUGAAAUUACAUGUUUGGCAAGAUAUACGGUCAACACUACCUUUCCAGUGCGUCUCAUGACAGGGAAGCAGGUCCUGCAGGUGUACAGUCGCGGCCAAGGCUGGCGGAGUGUGUGUAGCGACAACUGGAGCAAGCAGUACACAGAGAAAGCAUGCAAACAACUAGGCUACACAAAUAAACCUCGUAGCACCAGUGUCCCAGUGGACACCUUGACGUCUUCCAUGAAAAAAGGACCGUUCACAGCUAUCAGGCCUGGUACCACGAACACACCCAUACAUCAGGCUACCAUAGACCACAGUGUAUGCAGAUCUGGAUCUGUGGUAUCUUUGACAUGUUCAGACUGUGGAGAGGCGGGCCCUGGGGACCGCAUUGUCGGGGGUGCAGAUGCUUUAAUUACGGACUGGCCCUGGCAGGUUAGCCUGCAACAGGGGGGCCAUCACACAUGUGGAGGCACACUGGUGUCACCGCUUUGGGUCGUCACUGCCGCCCACUGCUUUGCCAGUAGUAAAAAGGAGGUGAGUCGCUGGAGAGUGGUGUCAGGCAAGACAUACAUGGGCACACUUGGAGGUUCCUAUGUGGACAGGAUCAUAAUGAAUGGAGACUAUGACCCAGCACGAAAUGACUACGAUAUUGCACUGAUGAGACUCAGCAGCCCAAUCACAGUGGGAGAGGGCCGCAAGCCGGUUUGUCUACCUCCUAAAGCCUUUGGCCUUCUUGCCCCGGCCUCCAUGACUGUGACUGGCUGGGGAUACCUAGAGGAAAACGGUAAAGUCUCUCCUUCGCUUCAGAAGGCCAGGAUCCCUCUGAUAGACCACGCUAGGUGUUCCAGCCCCACAGUGUAUGGUGAUUUGAUAACCCAGAGGAUGAUCUGUGCUGGUUUACUGGAGGGGGGAGUGGAUGCCUGCCAGGGGGACAGUGGGGGUCCUUUGGUGUACUUCGUCUCCUCUAAAUGGCAUCUGGUUGGAGUGGUGAGCUGGGGCGUUGGCUGUGCUCGGAAGAAAAGGCCAGGUGUUUACACCAACGUUGAAGAGAUGUUGAACUGGAUUCAUACAGUCAUUGAGAAAAACCCCUGAGGUCCUCCAUCGUGUAGAGCAGCCACCUCGAGACUCCAGUCUAGUCUACCUUGGACAGCCCGUGAAACUAAAAGAAAGCUUUUAAUUCAGUGUGGCUGACUGAAGAUGGGGAGACAGAAGUAGAGAGGGGAAGUUUAAGAUCAAUCUCAGCAGCAACACAGAAUACCUGUUAAACACAGCCAUAUGCAACAACACACACACACUCACACACACACACACACACACACACACACACACAUUUGAUACAAAACUUAUUUCAGGUGUUUGUGCCAUUUCUGGUUUUUAUCUCAGGGGAGAUUGUUUAUGUCAGGUGUCACUGGCUGGUCUGGGAUGGUUUAAGCUUUUACAAUGUUUUAAUUUGACAGACCCAAUUCACUGAUUAGGGCAAUAUUUAAGAAAAUAGUCAUUGGUAUUAAAGUGAGGACUUGGUAAUAAGUGCACAACCUGUUUAGACUGGGAAGAUUUUGGAGCUUACCAGACUGGCAGACCUUAACCAUGAUGUACUUUAUUACUAUGAUUUUAGGUGUGCAAUGUGUUCAUACCGUAAACUGCUGAUAGGAAAGGUGAUAGACGGGGUAAAGCUGUGCUAUGCUAAUGUCAGUGUGAAGCCUCAGGUUAAUAUCCCCAAUAAAAUUAAUUCAAAGUCCAGGAGUUUAAGGCAUGUAUGGUGCUGAUUCAGUUGAGUUACCUGAUUACAGGGAACAUUUACCUUUUUAUACAACACAAAUGUUGUGCUCACUUCCCACAACAAAUUUAUUUAAAUGAGCACUUUAAGUGGAAUGUGAGAAUUACUUGACCUUACUGUAUGUACAGCUGAUUAAAGUCUAAUAAUGCACUGAAGACUAAAACUCAAUACACACUGUUCUGUUCUCAUAGUGCCUCCACAAUGAGAACUCAAUGAGUCUGCAUCUCAUUAAAAAUCAGUGUCAGUGGCUGCCAGAUACACACAUCCAGCUGAGGCACCUGGAGGACACACGCACACACACACGAAGACACUGACAAAUCAUCCACUCACCAGGAUGCAGACAAAAAAGUGCCAUCAGAAAACUCACACCACGGCCAGAAUAUUCAGGGUGGUGUUUACAGAGGUUUUCCUAUCACAACUAAAAGGAAUUAAAAUGCAAAUAAAUAUAAUUUCCUGAAGUUUGACUGUGAGCAACAGAGAUUAUAUUUUAAUUUGUAAAAAUGUGCACUCAGGCAAAACCCGUUUUAUUUCUUGAUUUUAAUCAUUCCAUUUGUAGCAAAGUAAAGUGGCUGAUAACAUUUGACUGUAUAUAUGGUACAUUGUGUUGAUUUUUAUUCACCUGUAAAUAGGUUGUAAAUACAAUAAAGACAUUCUUAUGUAA